AUGCUCAUAUUAAUCGUGAAUGCAAUCGUUGGUGUUUGGCAGGAACGUAACGCUGAGUCAGCCAUAGAAGCCUUAAAAGAAUAUGAGUCUGAUACUGCAAAGGUUAUUCGUCAGGGUUAUCAAGGUGUGCAGAGUGUGAAAGCCCGUGAAUUAGUGCCUGGAGACAUUGUGGAAGUUGCUGUUGGAGAUCGGGUUCCAGCGGAUAUUAGAAUCGUUAAAAUCUUGUCUACAACACUUCUCAUUGAUCAGUCUAUCUUAACUGGUGAAUCAGUAUCAGUUUCAAAGCACAGUGACCCUAUAUCCCAGGCUCGAGCUGUCAAUCAAGACAAAAAGAAUAUGCUAUUUAGCGGUACAAAUGUAGCCUCCGGAAAAUGUGUUGGAGUAGUAGUUGGGACAGGACUUUCGACAGAAAUAGGCAAAAUUCGUGAUCAAAUCAUGCAUACAGAACAAGAUAAGACUCCUCUCGGGCAGAAAAUAGAUGAAUUUGGAACACAGUUAUCAAAGGUCAUAACACUCAUAUGUAUUGCUGUAUGGUGCAUUAACAUUGGCCAUUUUAACGACCCAGUGCAUGGUGGUUCUUGGCUCAGAGGUGCUGUUUACUACUUUAAAAUUGCAGUCGCGCUUGCCGUAGCGGCGAUUCCAGAAGGUCUACCGGCUGUUAUCACAACGUGUCUAGCUUUGGGGACCCGUCGAAUGGCUCGCAAAAAUGCUAUUGUCCGAUCAUUACCAAGUGUUGAAACUCUUGGGUGUACAACAGUGAUUUGUUCUGACAAAACCGGUACCCUUACAACCAACCAAAUGACUGUUUGCCGAAUGUUCACUUUCGGUAACGAGAGUCGGGUCGGUGAUGCUUCGCAGCUAAAAUUUGAUGAGUUUGAAAUUACGGGUUCUAAAUAUGCUCCAGAAGGAAAUGUGCACCAUCAAGGACGAAAAAUAGACUGUUCUGAAUAUCCUUGUCUUGUAGAACUUGCGCAAAUAUGUUCUUUGUGCAAUGACUCGUCUGUGGAAUACAGUGAAUCUCGGCAUGCAUAUGAAAAAGUGGGUGAAGCGACUGAGACUGCAUUGGUCUGCUUGGUUGAGAAAAUGAAUGUCACAAAAGUCUCUAAAUCAAAUCUUACUAAUCACCAGCUUGCAAUGAUUUGUAAUCGCGAUAUCCAGGUCUUGGCCUGGUUUGAAGAUAGCGAAGAUGCGACUACUGCAUUUGUCGAGCCAGUUGUCAUAAUGCUCAUAUUAAUCGUGAAUGCAAUCGUUGGUGUUUGGCAGGAACGUAACGCUGAGUCAGCCAUAGAAGCCUUAAAAGAAUAUGAGUCUGAUACUGCAAAGGUUAUUCGUCAGGGUUAUCAAGGUGUGCAGAGUGUGAAAGCCCGUGAAUUAGUGCCUGGAGACAUUGUGGAAGUUGCUGUUGGAGAUCGGGUUCCAGCGGAUAUUAGAAUCGUUAAAAUCUUGUCUACAACACUUCUCAUUGAUCAGUCUAUCUUAACUGGUGAAUCAGUAUCAGUUUCAAAGCACAGUGACCCUAUAUCCCAGGCUCGAGCUGUCAAUCAAGACAAAAAGAAUAUGCUAUUUAGCGGUACAAAUGUAGCCUCCGGAAAAUGUGUUGGAGUAGUAGUUGGGACAGGACUUUCGACAGAAAUAGGCAAAAUUCGUGAUCAAAUCAUGCAUACAGAACAAGAUAAGACUCCUCUCGGGCAGAAAAUAGAUGAAUUUGGAACACAGUUAUCAAAGGUCAUAACACUCAUAUGUAUUGCUGUAUGGUGCAUUAACAUUGGCCAUUUUAACGACCCAGUGCAUGGUGGUUCUUGGCUCAGAGGUGCUGUUUACUACUUUAAAAUUGCAGUCGCGCUUGCCGUAGCGGCGAUUCCAGAAGGUCUACCGGCUGUUAUCACAACGUGUCUAGCUUUGGGGACCCGUCGAAUGGCUCGCAAAAAUGCUAUUGUCCGAUCAUUACCAAGUGUUGAAACUCUUGGGUGUACAACAGUGAUUUGUUCUGACAAAACCGGUACCCUUACAACCAACCAAAUGACUGUUUGCCGAAUGUUCACUUUCGGUAACGAGAGUCGGGUCGGUGAUGCUUCGCAGCUAAAAUUUGAUGAGUUUGAAAUUACGGGUUCUAAAUAUGCUCCAGAAGGAAAUGUGCACCAUCAAGGACGAAAAAUAGACUGUUCUGAAUAUCCUUGUCUUGUAGAACUUGCGCAAAUAUGUUCUUUGUGCAAUGACUCGUCUGUGGAAUACAGUGAAUCUCGGCAUGCAUAUGAAAAAGUGGGUGAAGCGACUGAGACUGCAUUGGUCUGCUUGGUUGAGAAAAUGAAUGUCACAAAAGUCUCUAAAUCAAAUCUUACUAAUCACCAGCUUGCAAUGAUUUGUAAUCGCGAUAUCCAGAAAAUGUAUGAAAGAAAAUUUACUCUUGAGUUUUCUCGGGAUAGGAAGUCAAUGUCUACGUAUGUCAUCCCUCGAAGUCAAAUUUCUGGCUCUAAAGAAAAGCUCUUUGUUAAGGGCGCCCCGGAGUCCAUAUUGGAUAGAUGCACUCAUGUACGCACCACAGGCGGCAAAUUAUUGUUAACGUCUGAGCUAAAAGGCGAAGUACUUCGAAAAAUAGCUACCUACGCCACUGGACGUGAAACUCUUCGUUGUUUGGCUUUAGCUACAAGAGAUGAACCACCUUCAUACUCUCACUUUGAUUUAAAAGAUCCAAAAAAUUUCAAGGAUUAUGAGACUGAAUUAACUCUUGUGGGUGUUGUUGGUAUGGUGGACCCGCCACGUUGUGAGGUUGCCAGCAGUAUCCAAGCUUGUAAAAAGGCUGGCAUCCGUGUUAUUGUUAUUACAGGCGAUAAUAAAGCAACUGCCGAAGCUAUAUGCCGUCGUAUAGGAUUGUUUGAAGAUAAAGAAGAUACUUGUGGAAAGUCCUUCACGGGACGAGAAUUCGAUGACCUCAGUUUAGACAAGAAAAAGGAUGCAGUACGCAACGGAAAGUUGUUUGCUCGCGUUGAACCCGCCCAUAAAAGUCUAAUAGUACAAUUCCUACAGCAGGAUGGUGAAGUAUCUGCGAUGAAUUUAAUUAAUCUAAAAUAUCCAUACGUUUAUGUCAAGAUGUCAUACAUUUGAGCUGCGUUUUCUCACUUUAAUGUGCUACGUACGCAACGCAUUUCGUCAUCCUUUUGUCAUGGUAAUUUCAUACAUACUCGAUAUAUUUUUUGUAUUCUUGAAAUAACUCUGAUUUUACUCAUUGUUGUUUCUGUUUCAAAUAUUUUGAUGUCAAGUGUCGAUUUGUCGAUUGUUUGUAAUUCUACCUAACCUCCAGGUAUGGCA